UUUUACUUUUAUUUUAUUUUUAUAGUCUGUCGUUUCCGCCGGGUUUGGACCGGUUUCGUAUGAAAUCAGAGUCACGUGACAGAAACAGGACACAAUGGGCUCGCUUGUUAAACACCUUUGUCCUCAGGUAGGUUCCUCCUCCGCCUCCUCCGCCUCCUUCCUCCUCACCUGACCGGUAAGUCAACACCUCCACCUUCACCGGAAACAUCAGCACCGGACAAACAGCGUCAGAAACGUCGUUAUGAGCUGAACGUGGCGCUCAGGUGAGAGUCUGACACGCCACAGAAGAAGAAGAUGAUCAGGUUCCUGCGCUCAGUCAGAGAGCCCCCCCAGGAGAACAUCCACAUCUCCUCGCUGCCUCCCAGUGUUCCCACAGAUCCGGAGCCACAACAAAACGGAGCACGAGCAGGUGACCGGGCGGAGGAGAGAGCGGUGAUCCAGACCACACACACUCACAGGGUCUCCACCCCGUCCGUCUUCCUCCAGAAACAGAACGAUGAAACCGCCUCCAGUACUUACUUUGACCAGAGGGUCCCUGUUCCCGAGGAGGGCAGCGAGAGCUGCUUCAGCCUCCGGAAGCUGUGGGCCUUCACCGGCCCGGGCUUCCUGAUGAGCAUAGCCUACCUGGACCCGGGUAACAUCGAGUCCGACCUGCAGUCUGGUGCUAAAGCUGGCUUCAAGCUCCUCUGGGUGCUGCUGGGAGCCACCAUCAUCGGCCUGCUGCUGCAGCGCCUGGCGGCUCGGCUCGGCGUGGUCACCGGGAUGCACCUGGCUGAAGUCUGCAAGCAGCAGUACCACACGGUGCCUCGUGUCAUCCUGUGGCUGAUGGUGGAGCUGGCGAUCAUCGGCUCCGACAUGCAGGAGGUCAUCGGCUGUGCCAUCGCCUUCAACCUUCUCUCCGGUGGCAGGAUCAAGCUGUGGGCCGGUGUCCUCAUCACCAUCAUCGACACGUUUGUCUUCCUCUUCUUGGAUAAGUACGGUAGGCGUAAAAUUACGUAUUUUGGAGGUCUCACAAUGCACGCGCGCUCGUUUCCUGUCUUUCAGUACGUGACAGUGAGUCCAGACCAAGGCGAGCUGUUAAAGGGGAUGUUUGUACCGUACUGCGAGGGCUGCGGACCCGUCCAGCUGGGUCAAGCCGUCGGCAUCGUGGGAGCCGUCAUCAUGCCUCACAACAUUUACCUCCACUCCGCUCUCGUCAAGUCUCGAGAAGUGGAUCGGUCAAACAAGAAGGAAGUUAAAGAAGCCAACAAAUAUUUCCUCAUCGAGGCGACCAUCGCGCUGUUCGUCUCGUUCCUCAUCAACGUGUUUGUGGUGGCUGUUUUCGCCGAGGCUUUUUACGACCGCACGAACGAGGAGGUGUACACGGUCUGCAACCAGUCAGGGACUCCCCAUUUAGAUCUGUUCCCUCUGAACAAUGAAACUCUGCAGGUGGACAUCUACAGAGGAGGAGUGGUGUUGGGCUGCUUCUUCGGCCCGGCAGCUCUCUACAUCUGGGCCGUGGGGAUCCUCGCAGCGGGUCAGAGCUCCACCAUGACCGGGACGUACUCUGGUCAGUUUGUCAUGGAGGGUUUCCUGGACUUGCACUGGUCUCGUUUCGCUCGGGUGUUGUUAACCCGCUCCCUCGCCAUCACUCCCACCCUGCUGGUCGCCAUCUUCCAGGACAUCCAGCACCUGACGGGCAUGAACGACUUCCUGAACGUGCUGCAGAGCAUGCAGUUGCCAUUCGCCCUCAUCCCCAUCCUCACCUUCACCAGUCUGCCCUCUCUCAUGCACGAGUUUGCCAACGGAUUGGUGUUUAAGAUCGGAGGAGGACUGGUGAUCCUGUUGGUGUGUGGCAUCAACAUGUACUUUGUCGUGGUCUACGUGAGCGCCCUUCACAGCGUGUGGCUGUAUGUGUUGGCAGCGUUCUUCUCCAUAGCGUACCUGACGUUCAUUGGAUACUUGGUGUGGUUGUGUCUGAUCGCUCUCGGCGUGUCCUGCCUCGAUCCGACCACCAGGAAAGAGAACGACACGACCGUCCUGAUCGAGCGGCAGCCCGAGUUCGACUCCUGAAAUUAAAAGUAUGUUUGAGCGGACGUUCAAGUCGAAGAUGCAGCUGCGAGCAGCCCGACCAGCCUUUUAUUUAUACUGACUAUACAACACUGGUUUGACCGGUUUACAGGUGUGAAUGAAGGAUGACACAUAAUAAGAAAACACUGUCAGGGUUCCUUUCAAAUGAAAUUUGAAUUACAUUGAUUUUCUAAGAGUUUAAUGCCACAUUGAAUGCAAUUUAAUGUGAAUAUGAAUAUAGAGUAGAACAUUAAGUUUUGACAAUGAGCUUCCUAAGCUGCUGCAGCUGUAGUAGUGACAGUGUUUGCUGCAUGUUGCACAGCGUGUGCGUGACAUCAGCCGCAGGUUUCACGAUCAAUCUAAAAACUGGCAAAGACGUGGAUGUAACAACACCCACCUGAGCGUCCACGCUUUUAAUCCUGCAUCAUUUUAAGCCUUAGAGACCAAAACUGUUUUUUGUACCAGGCUGUAAACAUGUUUAUUUCUGCUGUCUAACAUGGGGACUUAUGGAGACUGACUCGCUUCUGGAGCCAGCCUCAAGUGGACGUUUGAGGAACUGCAGUUUUUUUGGCACUUCACAGCUUCAAAGAUUUGCCGCUUGGUUGAAACGUCACCAAAAAGGCUCGGACAACUUCUUGCAGCACAAAUCUACAAAAACAAGAAGUGUGUCCCAUCUCCUGACAACCGUCAAGAGAAAAUAUGAACAAGUUAUAUUUAAUUAAGACUUUUUUUUGUUGUUGUUGUUGUUGAGGAAACUGAAUUCAGUGUUUUUGCAGGCCCUCUGUGCAGGUUUUCUUUGGGCCACAGGGAGGCAGUACAGGCCACAGAGGAGACUCCUCAGAUACAGUGAAUGUCUCCUCACCACCAGAGCUGUUCAACAUAACACAACACAAUAAAUGACAUGGUGUGUUACAUCAUGUUUUACGCGUUCUUACGGCCGCACAGAACAGAGACGGCGUCUCAAACCGAGCCACGCAGAACAGAACAGAGCCACGCAGAGCUGGGCAGCAGUGAUCAUGUUUGACUGGUGUGUUCAUUCAGAGGUGGCUGCUGUCUGACAUGCCUGUGGUGUUGGUAUGUCUGAAGACUUGCAACUAUUGUGUAACUGCAAGCAAGCACUGCUGGUUUCAGUGUUGCUCGAAUUCCAGGCCUUGAAAUGUUUCAGCCUUUUUUUUUUUUUUGCAAGGCGAGGAAGGAGAGGCGGAUGGACAGGUUUUUCUUUGCAUUGUGGCGGGGAACUUUU